AUGGCAACACCUCAACUGAGCGCCCGCUCAAGUGGACGUGUCGAAAUCUCGCCCAUGGAUCUCACCAAAACUUGGCGGGAAUCGACUUGUCUUUUCAUGGUGCCAAAGGACCAUUUGACGGAUACAGAUGCUUUCAAAGCCGUUGACCAGCUACGGGAAAUGACCAAGAACCCGGAGCAGCGAGUGCCCAAAAUUCGACCGCAUACCCACUCCAGACGUCCGACAGCACCUCACGACAUCUUUCCAUUUGUGAAGCUACCUGCUGAGAUCAGGGUCAAGAUCUACCACUACACUUUGCCCAGGCGUCUCAUCCAAAGGCUCCGCUGCUUCACGACCCCAGCUCUCUCGCGCGUUUGCCAACAGCUUCGACGUGAGACCUUGCCGGUGUUCUUCUACGUGAACACAUUCGUGGCCGAGGUCAAAUCUUCGUUUAUUGGUUGUUCAGGCUCGUCAUACCGGAACCGCAAGCCUUGCUACGUCGAAAACGAUGAGCGGCGAUUCCACUCACUCGGUCUACUCAGCAUUGCUGGAGACGUCAAUCCCCUUUCAUGGGAGCGGUAUGCUAGGACAGCGAUCUUCAGAAACAUCGAUUUCGUGCUCAUGAACCCGAGUGAUUCCUGCACUGGAGAGCCGAAGCACGAAAAGGCAGUGCUUAGCCUUCGAUCUGGACUCACCAUCUCCUUACACGUUCGCCUGGGCAAAGCUCGCAGCGCAUUGGAAUGCUACUACCUACACGAACUUCUCAAGCGCGGUCGAAAGGUCAUAUUCGACAACACAUUCAAGGCAGGCAUCCUAGGAUUGUCAUUCAAACAUCUUCGGGAUGUGGCGGCUGCCUUUAGGUUGGAACAGGGGCCGAGACUGGCGGUCCUGCCCACCACUGCUCAUCCAAAAAAGGCCGCCCGUAAUACCGCAGCAGAACAUACGCAACACAUACCGGACAUUGCUGGAAUCAAGACGCAAUCAAUAGCUGCAAGUCCGUCGACAGAGCCGUACCCAAGAACGUCAAAACCUGCGAACACUCCCGCCAUGACCGCCCAUGACCAGAGCACUAUGGACAAGUUCAGGACCAGUGGAGAGGGAGGCGUUUUGAAAUCGAUCGCAAAGAGUUCUUCAACACUCGAUGCCACUGUCGAGAGCGAGUUCGAUUUCCCUGAUGCGGAGAGCUACUUCGCCCCUGCCCCUUAA